AACUCAUCAAAAUUGUUUUGAGUCGGGACAUAGAACAUCCCUAAGCUUUUUAUCACCAUACCCGUGGAAGUCGAACGUUCUCGGUCUUAUCGCAUAAAAGAAAAAUCAUAAAUAUUAUUCAACAUUUUAAGUUUUAACUUAAAACCUUUUCUCUCUCUGCAGCAAAAAGUUCAUUCAUUCUCCGUUCUAGGGUUUUUUCCGCUCUCUCUUCAAGUUUGGUUCAUUUCUGAGUGGCAGGGAACUCUUGUGUUGGCAAUGCCGCUUCCGACGAAACCAACGAGGGAGUCCGACGACUCGUCGAUUCCCUCGAACAACCUGUGGGUCGGAAACCUGGCGCCGGACGUCACCGACUCCGAUCUGAUGGAGCUCUUCGCCAAGUACGGCGCACUCGACAGCGUCACUUCGUAUUCCUCUCGCAGCUACGCCUUCAUCUUCUUCAAGCGCGUCGAAGACGCCAAAGCCGCUAAGAACGCUCUCCAAGGCACCACUCUCCGCGGCAGUUCCCUUAAGAUCGAAUUUGCCAGACCGGCAAAGGCAUGUAAACAGCUUUGGGUUGGUGGUGUUAGCCCAGCUGUUUCAAAGGAAGAAUUGGAAGCUGAAUUUCGUAAAUUUGGUAAAAUUGAGGACUUUAAGUUCUUCAGAGAUCGUAAUACUGCAUGUGUUGAAUUUUUCAAUUUGGAAGAUGCUACUCAGGCCAUGAAGAUCAUGAAUGGGAAACGAAUUGGUGGAGAGCAUAUUCGUGUUGACUUCCUUCGGUCACAAUCAACAAAAAAGGAUCAGCUUGAUUAUGGACAAUUUCAAGGAAAGGGUUUGGGGCCUACUGAUGCUUAUUCUGGACAGAAAAGACCACUGCAUUCACAGCCUCCAAUGGGGAGAAAAGGUGAUGGUCAACCGAGUAAUAUCUUGUGGAUUGGUUAUCCUCCUGCUGUUCAGAUUGACGAGCAAAUGCUUCACAAUGCCAUGAUUUUAUUUGGUGAAAUCGAGAGAAUAAAGAGUUUUCCUUUGAGGAAUUAUUCAAUUGUUGAGUUUAGAAGUAUUGAUGAAGCUCGGCGUGCAAAAGAGGGCCUUCAAGGACGCCUUUUUAAUGAUCCUCGAAUAACAAUUAUGUAUUCGAGCAGUGACAUAGUGCCUGGCAAUGAUUACCCUGGUUUUUUCCCAGGAAAUAAUGGGCCGAGACCUGACAUAUUGCUGAAUGAGCACGCAUUUCGACCUAUACAGAUGGAUGUAUUUAGUCAUAAUCGUCCAGUGGCUCCUAAUAAUUUUCCUGGACAGUUACCACCUAGUGGUAUUAUGGGACCAAAUGUACCAUUGCGACCUUUUGGUCCUCAUGGUGGUGUUGAAUCUGUUAUUUCUGGCCCUGAUUUUAAUGAGAUUAAUGCGCUCCAGAAAUUUCAGGAUGGUAGCUCCAAGAAUAACAUGGGUCCAAACUGGAAAAGGCCAUCUCCUCCCGCACCUGGGAUGCUUUCUUCUCCUGCACCAGGUGUCAGGCUUCCAACAAGAUCAACCUCUGGUGCAUGGGAUGUACUUGACAUAAACCAUAUCCCAAGAGAUUCUAAACGUUCAAGGAUAGAUGGACCUUUGCCUGUUGAUGAUGGCCCAUUUCCUGUAAGGAAUAUGGAUGAUCGUGGGUCAGCUCUAGAACAAACGUAUGGGAUUGAUCCAGCUAUUGAUGGAAGUGGUUCUGGUCCAUAUAGAAACGUUCAAGGAAGGAAUCACCUGGGUUCAGUCAGCUCAAGGAUUACAGCUGGAGGACAUGGUUUCGGCCAACCUGAUAUUGAUCAUAUAUGGCGUGGAAUUAUUGCCAAAGGGGGAACUCCUGUUUGUCAUGCUAGAUGCGUCCCUAUUGGGAAAGGAAUUGGGACUGAGCUUCCUGAUAUUGUUGAUUGCUCAGCUAGGACGGGAUUGGAUAUUCUCACAAAACAUUUUGCUGAUGCUAUUGGUUUUGAUAUUGUUUUCUUUCUGCCUGAUAGUGAAGACGAUUUUGCCUCAUAUACUGAAUUCCUUCGCUAUCUUGGUGCGAAAAAUCGAGCUGGUGUUGCCAAAUUUGUUGAUAACACCACGUUAUUCUUGGUGCCUCCUUCUGAUUUUCUUACUAAGGUUUUGAAAGUUGCUGGACCUGAGCGUUUAUAUGGUGUGGUUCUUAAGUUUCCACCAGUGUCAAGUAGUGCACCGCUGCAACAGCCACCACAUUUGCCUAUACCUCCCCCUCAGUAUAUGCAGCAGAUUCCCCCUUCACAGACUGAAUAUGGUAUGAUUCCUAUGAAAGAGGAACAGGUUUUGCCGAUGGAUUAUAACAGGUCGUUGCAUGAUGAUUCUAAGCAUCCUGCUAAACCAGUCUAUCCACCUGCUGGUGGCCCCCCUUCAGUUCAGUCUGUGCCUCAAGAUUAUGCUCCUAAUACUACUAAUGUUGCUGGGUCUCAGGCUGGAGUUGCAUUAACUCCAGAGCUUAUUGCAACUUUAGCUUCUUUACUCCCUGCACAAUCAUCUGGCACUGAUGGUGCCAAGUCAGCAAUAGUUUCCUCAACCAUGAAGCCUCCAUUUCCUCCAGUUGCACCAAAUGAUGGAAAUCAAUCACAUUUAUGGAAACAGGACAACCAAAUUGCAGAUCAAUCCACUCAUCCUCCUCAACAACUGAGGACUAUGUAUAAUGUUCACAAUGCUCAUUAUCAGCCUUAUCCACCAGCAUCUGCUCCUGCUGGUAAUGCUGCUCAAGUAGUUUCAAGCAGUUCUCAUAUUCAAGAUACUGCUGCCAGCCUGCAGCAGCAAGGUGCUGCUUCAUCAAGACACAUGUCAAAUUUCAUGAUUCCUACUCAAAGUGGCCAGGUAGCAGUAUCUCCCCAUGCCAAUCAUCAUUAUCAAGUUGAAGUCUCCCCCAACAAUCAGAAAGGCUUUGGAGUGGGGCAGGGAACAGAUGCCUCUGUUUUAUACAAUUCUCAGGCUUUCCAGCAACCUAAUAACAAUUCUUUGGCUUUCCAGCAACCUAAUAAUUCUAUUGCCUUUUCUAAUCAAGUUACUAGUGCUAAUCCUGCACAGCAGCAAACAGCCAUGCCAUAUACAGUGGACCAAUUAAACUCAGAGACCCCCAAUCAGCAACUUCCUAAUUUUGGAGUCGGUCAAGGCACAUCAGAAGUGGAGGCUGAUAAGAACCAGAGAUACCAGUCAACAUUACAGUUUGCCGCCAAUCUUCUUCACCAAAUACAGCAGCAGCAGCAGCAAGCCCCAGGAGGACAUGGUUCAGGAAUUCAACAAUGAGAACUUUUUUCUGUAUCGAUCGUGCUUAGGGAGAUGCAUGGCACAAAGGUGAUGGCAACUUGGCGAUUGUUCUACAGCCAUUUCUAUUUAAUCAUUUAGCAUAGGAAUUAGGAACUCUCAUUUAUCGCCAACAUACUCUUUCCUUUUUAACAUCUUUGUUAAAAACUUUGCUAAAAACUACAAAGGUGCGAGGUUGGUUUUUUGUUGAUACUGGUUAGUGUACAUAACAAAUAUCGUCUCAGAUGUUGUUCCAACUGAUGUUGUUCCAACUGGAGGGAGUUUUUUUGGGCUACCUACGUGACGGUGGGAAAAACUGUAACCAAUUGUAGGUCUAAUUUGGAUUUCAAUAUUCGUUUUUUA